AUGAAAAUGUAUUUCCAUGGGGGUUUUGAUGAAAUUGUUCUCUUUGAUUUUUGGCGUAUUAAUUCUACUUUGGGUCUCUUCACUUCAUUUAUUCUAAUUUUCCUAAUGGGAGCUGCAUAUGAAGGCUUGAAAUGGUUUAGAGUUUACUUUCAACUUUGGACCUGUGAAAGAUCCAAAUCUUCCGAUUUUUUGUCUCUAAAUUCAGUCUCUCGAAAAGUUGAAGGAAAAAAUUUUAAUGGAUCAGAGGAUCAUUCUUUAAUUAAAAACAAUAACAAAACUUUUGCGUCUUCGAGUGGAUGUUCUGAAAAUUGUGGAAAUUCGAAUACUCUAAAUAGAGAAGUUUAUGCACCAACAGUCGUUAUUUCUGCUCCACAAGUUUGUACUAGCAGUAUGCAAAUUAAUCGUUGGACUUGGAUAAUGAUGUAUGUUAAUCGCAAUUUUUCUCCGUCCACUUGUCAAUUGAUUGAGACUGGUAUUUAUGCUUUUCAACUUGUUUUGGCAUAUUGGUUAAUGCUUAUUGCUAUGACCUUUAAUGUUUGGCUUACUUUUGCUGUAAUUUUGGGAGCUGCUUUUGGUCAUUGGUUAUUUGCAAAUAUUAAAUGUUCUCCUCCACGUCGCUGUUUUUGUCAAUCUUGUGGAAAUGGUGGAGGGGCUACUAGCAGUAAUGAUCCAGAAAAUAUUGAUAAUUUUGCUUCGGAUUUGUGUCAUUGAAAAGUUUGGAGGUUUUUUUUGGAAAUUAUUUGGAGGUUUUGACUUUUAAAAAAUUCUUUUUUUCUUUUCUUUUCACUUUCCUUUUCUGUUUAUUGUUAGAUUCUUGGCUGGUAGGGAUUGUCACAGGAACGGGAUUCCGUGCUGAGUGUUUUUCGAGUUUUUUUGGAAUUGGGAUCCGUUGAAAUUGGGAUCCUGAACUCCAAAGUAAAUGCCUAAAUUUUGGCGCCCCCCCCCCCCCCCCCCCCCGAAAUUGACCCUCCUUUUCCACAUUUCAGGGAGGGGGGCUUUAGCUCCAGAAGACCCCACGCAUGGCCCUUGCAUUCAGUUAUGGAGUCCCGGGCCCGAUCUCUAUUUUUAAAGGUAUAUAAACAAAUAAUAUAUUUUCGAGUUUUCCAUCUUGUA